AUGUUGUCCAAUCUUGGAGGUUCUGGUGGGACUUUAGGUGCUGGAGGAUUGCCAGGAGGACUUGGAGCUGGUGGCCUUCCAGGCUCUGGACUUGGAUCUGGUGGGCUCCCUGGCUCUGGACUUGGAACUGGUGGGCUCCCUGGCUCUGGACUUGGAACUGGUGGACUUCCUGGCUCUGGACUUGGAGCUGGUGGCCUUCCAGGCUCUGGGCUUGGAACUGGAGGGCUCCCUGGCUCUGGACUUGGAACUGGUGGACUUCCUGGCUCUGGACUUGGAGCUGGUGGACUUCCUGGCUCUGGACUUGGAACUGGUCCUGGAGGUUAUGCUGGAGACAAAGCACGAAAAUAUGCUCAGCUUGGAGGUCCUGGUGGGGCUUUAGGUGCUGGAGGAUUACCAGGAGGACUUGGGACCGGUGUGCUUCCUGGCUCUGGACUGGGAGCUGGUGGACUUCCUGGCUCUGGACUGGGUGCUGGUGGACUUCCAGGCUCUGGUCUUGGAGCUGGUGGAUUUCCUGGCUCUGGUCUUAGAGCUGGUGGACUUCCUGGAUCUGGACUUGGAACUGGUGGACUUCCUGGCUCUGGUCUUGGAGUUGGUCCUGGAGGAUAUGCUGGAGCCAAAGCACGAAAAUAUGCUCAGCUUGGAGGUCCUGGUGGGGCUUUAGGUGCUGGAGGAUUACCAGGGGGACUUGGGACUGGUGGUCUAGCUGGCACUGGACUAGGAGCCGGGGGAAUUGGAGGAACUGGUGGUGUACCUGGUGGAGGGCUUGGACCUGCUACUGGAACUGGGGGUAUAGGAGGUGCUGGUGGUACCCUAGGAGGACCUAGUUCAGGAGUUGUACCAGGAAGGACAGUAGGUGGACUUGGCGGAGUUGGAAGUCAGCCUGGAAGUGGACUUAGACCAGGAGGGACAAUUGGUGGUGGACCAGGUAGUGUGCCAGGUAGUGGCAUUGGACCUGGAGUUGUACCUGGUGGUGGGCUUGGUCCUGGAGGUGUGGCAGGUGGUGGCUUUGGACCUGGAAGUGUGCCAGGUGGUGGCUUUGGACCUGGAGGAGUACCUGGUGGUGGUCUUGGACCUGGAGGGUAUGCUGGAGCCAAAGCUCGCAAAUAUGGAUUCCCAAGUGGAACAGGUGGGACUGCUGGAACAGGAUUGCCUGGAGGAUUAGGAGGGGUACUUGGUGGUGGAUUAGGACCAGGAGUACCAGCUGGUGGUCUUGGUGCUGGAGUGGCACCAGGAGGUGGAGUAGGAACUGGAGGUGUACCAGCUGGAGGCUAUGGACCCGGUGGAGUACCUGCAGGAUAUGGCCCUGGUGGAGUUCCUGCGGGAUAUGGCCCUGGUGGAGUUCCUGCAGGAUAUGGCCCUGGUGGAGUUCCUGCGGGAUAUGGCCCUGGUGGAGUUCCUGCAGGAUAUGGCCCUGGUGGAGUUCCUGCGGGAUAUGGCCCUGGUGGAGUUCCUGCAGGAUAUGGUCCAGGUACUGGAGCAUAUCCAAGUGGAUCAAAGGCACUUAAAUAUGGUCAGGCUGGACGCGUUGCUCCAUCUGGUGUAGGUGGACCAUUUGGAAUAGGCACAGGUCCUGCUCAAGGAUAUGGAACUGGAGCAGGACCUGUAGGUGGAUACGGCCAGGGUACUGGAUUGAUUCCUGGGGCAGGAUAUGGCCUUGGAGUAGGCAGUGUACCUGGAGGAACAGGAGUCGGAGGAAGGCCUACAGGUGUUGGAGGAUAUGGACCAGGUUCGAAAGCUGCUAAAUAUGGGCAAUUAGGAGCAGGAGGAGUACUUGGCACUGGAACAGGAGGAGGACUUGGCACUGGACAGGCUGUGCCUGGGGGCAUUGGAGGUGGUCUUGGCUCUGGAUCUGCUCUUGGUGGAGUUCCUGGCAGUGGAUUAGGAACUGGUCUUGGAAGCUAUGGAGGCAAGUUUCUGUAAACAAACCAAUGUUGAUAGUGUUCCUGCUUUUAUAAUGUUUAAUCUGAUAUAAGUAUCCUUUUUUCUCUGUUACAAUAUGCAGGAUACGGACCAGGUGGAAAGCCACCAAAAUAUGGUAGGAACUCCUUUUACAGAACCUCUAAGGUUGUUUAAUGGAAUGAUUAACGGGAUACAAUCUUAUUGCAUUAACUGAUCUCUGCUCACUCUGAACUAUUAACUAUCACUCGCCUCCUUAAUAGGUCAGCCUGGUGCUGGAACUGGGACUGUG